AUGUCUAGAAAGUUCUCGCUUCGAGCCCACAAAUCACCCAUUGCAUGUAUAACCACCUUCGAGAACAAUUUAGUUUCCGCUGACAGAGACGGCAACAUUGUGGUGUGGGACAUUUUCCGUAAGCGUCCUCUCGCUUUAUGGAAAGCUCAUCUUGGCCAGAUCAUCUCCAUCCAGCUGACUCCAUUGGGUCUUCUAACCCAUGGGAGGGACUCUUCGAUCCGAAUCUGGAAACCUCCUUUCACCGGCUUGGACAACGAUGUGUCUAUAUUGUCUGUUACUGGACCGGACGCUCAAAGUUUAGACACCUCUGAGUUACUGUCGCAGAAUACACCUACUAACUUCGAACUUCCCGUUAAUGCCCUCAAUUUCUGCAACGUUGCGUACUGCAAUGGUCUUCUAGCAACCCCAGCUACACGAGACUCCGAGAAUUUCGAUAUAUACCGUUUACUGGAGGACUUCUCAUUACUGAGAAUCGUGGAAAACUACUCAUGCCCCAAAGACACCGAAAUGAUAGCUAGCCCGGAUCAAAGAGCCGGAUCGGGAAUCAUCAUGCGUCUUCUAUUUAUCGACGAUUCGCUUUUGUUCGCUGGCUAUGAAUCUGGAAGAAUUGUUGGAUAUCGUCUCAAGAGUGAAGUGGUAAGCUCACUGAAGAAAAACGAGAGGUUGAUUCUCAAUAAGGGAACAAAAUUGACGGUGGUUAUGGACGUCAAAGCUCACACUCCGCAUCCAGUUUUGUCGUUAGAGUAUGAAAGCUCUUCCGGUAAACUCUAUACGGGAUCUGCUUCCAAGAAGUUGUCGGUGUAUUCAAUAAAGCAUUUGGUUAGAGAAGAGGAUCAGAGGGAAGAAAAAUCAGAGGAAGGUAUGGAAGUAUUACAGAUGGAAAGUCAUAAUCUACAUCACUAUGGAAUACAAAGCUUGCAAGUGGGCGAGAAUAUUUUGGUGGCAGGGUUUUGGGAUGGUUUUAUACUGAUCUUGGCCAAGAACUGCACUUUGAUCACAGAAUUCGAACGAAAUGAAGAGUUUAUUCAGCCUGAACAGGAAAAUGAAGCGGGACGAACGUCUAAGAAGUCUCUAUGUACCCACAUUUGGCAUCCACAGCCGGAUAAGGAGGACAAACCAUCGUCUCGAAAAGCUUUAAUGAGAAAAAAGCGAAACGAAUCAGACUCGCUUCUUCUUGUAGGCUAUGGCGACGGGCUCAUCAGUGCAUAUUCUGUAUAA